CAUUUGCACAGCCAUACGCGACUUUCUUCAGCAACAACAGACCUUAAAAUUGGUCGCUUUCCUUCAGCAACAACAAACCCUAGAACCCAAAAACCAAAUGCAUUUCCUCGCUGCUCAGGCUCGCUGCCUCAAUCUCCCUCGCUGAACGCUGGCUGCUGAAUCGGCUACAAGGCUACACUACCUUCUUGAUUUGACUCGAAAUUCAGGCUUUUUCCUUAUUUCCCAGAUUUAGGGUUCUUAGGAAUUCUGUCAUCCAAUGGGGGAAAACUAUUCACCGACGGGUGAUAACAAAGACCCAAACAUUGAUGAUAAUGGUGAAAACAAGAUGGUUGAAACUAGCAUUGACGCGAUAUCUCGUAGGGUUCAAGAGUCCUUAUCCAUUGAAAACCGACACAAGUUUUGGGAAACACAACCUGUUGGACAAUUCAAGGAUCUUGGUGAUUCGACUUUACUUGAAGGCCCGAUUGAACAACCUACCCCGUUGUCUGAAGUAAAGCAAGAGCCUUAUAACUUGCCUGCGCCUUAUGAAUGGAUUACAUGUGAUAUGGAUACUGAGCAAAUGUGCAGUGAGGUUUACAAUCUUCUGACUAAUAAUUAUGUUGAAGAUGAUGAGAAUAUGUUUAGGUUCAAUUACUCUAAGGAGUUUCUUCAGUGGGCCCUUCGUCCACCAGGCCAUUACAAGUGUUGGCAUAUUGGUGUGCGGGUAAAGGCCUCGAAAAAGCUGGUUGCUUUUAUUACAGGUGUGCCAGCAAGGAUACGUGUUCGUGAUGAGGUUGUUACCAUGGCUGAGGUUAAUUUCUUGUGUGUGCAUAAGAAGCUCAGGUCAAAGAGGCUUGCACCUGUCAUGAUUAAGGAGGUGACUAGAAGGGUUCAUCUGGAAAAUAUAUGGCAGGCUGCUUAUACUGCCGGUAUUGUCAUUCCAACACCUAUAACAAGCUGUCAAUAUUGGCAUAGGUCUCUUAAUCCUAAGAAGUUGAUUGAUGUUGGAUUUUCAAGGCUUGGCCCGAGAAUGACUAUGAGUCGUACUAUUAAGCUCUAUAAGUUACCCGAUUCUACGGUUACACCAGGUUUUAGGAAGAUGGAACUGCGUGAUGUUCCAGCAGUUACUCGACUUCUGAGGGGUUAUUUAAAGCAGUUUGUUGUGGCACCCGACUUUGAUGAAAAAGAUGUUGAGCAUUGGCUUCUACCUAAAGACAACGUAGUUGAUGGCUAUGUUGUUGAAAGUCCUCUGACCCAUGAGAUCACGGAUUUUGUCAGCUUUUACACCCUCCCUUCUACUAUCCUUGGCAAUGCAAAUUAUUCUACUCUGAAGGCUGCCUAUUCUUACUACAAUGUGGCUACAAAAACCCCAUUGAUUCAGCUCAUGAAUGAUGCUCUCAUUAUAGCAAAGACCAAGGACUACGAUGUUUUUAAUGCCCUGGAUGUCAUGGAGAAUGACACAUUCCUGAAGGAGCUCAAAUUUGGGCCCGGAGAUGGAAAGCUUCAUUAUUAUCUUUACAACUAUCGCUUAGGUAAUCCCAUCAAGCCUUCAGAACUAGGACUUGUACUCUUGUAGUUCGAGUUUCUUAACAUUAUCGGAAUUGCAGUUCACCAUAUCCAUGUAAGGCCUUGUUUUACGGAGUUGGGAGUUUCUAGUGGUUAUGAAAUCGUUGUUAUCUCUUCCUAAUUGAUACUCUAUUGGAUUCUGUUUUCCAAAUUUUGCUCUCUUAUAGAAAUUGCGUCGACUUGUUAACUCCUGCAGUUAAUAGGUAUCAGCUAUGCCUUCAUUUGCUUAA